AUGCCAGCUUCUCGAAACCGCGACAAAGCCCGACCUCGUCCCGUAGUUCUGGAGUUGCAUAACCAUGAGGCGAUGGAAGAGGCGCUGUCUUCUCUACGAGAGGCCACUCGCGCCAACAAGAAAAUUGCAGUACCCGAGACGAUUGAAUUCUGUUUGCGCCACAAUAGCGAACCUACGACGGCGCUCUUUCAAGACUAUCUGAAUGAACUCUGCAAGUAUCAGGGUGGCUGUGAUCAAAUCAAUUUGAAUUUGAGGCUUUCGUCCCCUACGUUUGAGGAACAGCGAGAGCCCAUACUUGGCUCCCCUUUUGUUCCCAGAAAACAAGCAUUGGAAACGACAGUUGUUGCGGCCUUUCUCAAGAGUUUUCCGCAAAAGAAUAUCUCCUUGACGGCGUUAACUCUAUCGAUCACGAACUUUCGGGGCGAAUUCAAGCCCGUUCUCGAGAAGCUGUCAGCACAGACUGACCUCACGGAGAUAACAAUUGUGAUGAAAGACUUUAGAGAUGUCACGUUGGGGGCCCGCGCUGCGAGCCCCAACGACUAUGAACAACUUCCUUCCGUGCUCGCAAUGCUUCCUAAUCUUCGGAAAAUAACCUUCAAGGAAUCCCCUAACUUCGGGGCCACGCACGGCAUCGAGUUCGACCUUGCCCUAAUGUUUUGUGAUCCAGAGUAUUCCUUCCACCUGAAACACUUGGCAUUACGCGGUGUACCAGAGGAUCAUUUGGAUCAAUUAGCGCAAGUGAUCCGCAACAACAGGGCUGAAGAGUUCACAGCAAGAAUCGUUUCGGACGACUUCUUUGAAGCAUUGGAAGGAACCGGGUUGAAACGGUUGAACCUUGACUCUGCUGUUUCCGAGAGCCAACUGCCUUACCUGGGUGAAUUGCUGGCUCACAACGAUUCCACUCUGGAGCAACUUCACAUUUUGGUCAAUUCGUCCAUAACGAUCCUACCCAUCAUCGAAGCCCUUCGAGGCAAUACUACCUUAACAACCCUUGCCUUGAAUGGCGACCAUCUUCGUGAAGGUCGAUUCUCUAGUUGGCCUCGACGCGCAAGCUAUUGGUCUCGGACGCUCGACAGCAACGUAGAUGCUUUCCAUAACAUGCUGCAAGAAGACAAUUGUACGCUUGUUGACUUGUGCCUCCAAUCAAAUGUAUUGAGGCCCACCAAUUCGAGGCGAAAACGAAAAGUCAGUGCUACCAGUACUGACAGACUACGCCAACUGAGAAACCUUGACUUGCUUUUGCGCCUAAACAAGCAUGGAAGAAUCCAUUGGAGUACUUGGUCGAAUGCAGGCUGGGCCAAAGCGAUCAUUGGCUCGAAAGAUGAUGUUGAUGUUGUUUACAGCUUCUUGCAACAGAAUCCCUCCAUCCUUCCAGCCUAG